AUGGCCCCUACCCCGGUGCACUUUUUCUCCCAUGGGUCUACUAUGAUGCUUGGGGAAGAAUCGGAGUCGGCGGACUAUUGGAAGCGCUGUGGCGAUGAAGCACUAAGAAGAGGCGUCAAAGGAGUCAUCAUGAUGGGGGCACACUGGGAUGCAGAAGGAGAUCGGAUCGAAGUAGCCACCAAUCCGGAUCCAAAGAAGUCACCUGUAGCAUAUGUGCAUCCAGACAAAUACCGGAACUACAAACUCAAUCCAGACCUCACCACUGCUGAGCGGUGCAUCAAGAUGCUCCGCACCCAAGGCUUCAACGUGGAUGGCAACCCGUCCUUUGACUGGAUCCACGAUACAUACCUCAUUUUAAUCCGCAUGUUCCCUCACGGAUGCCCACCUACUGUAUUAAUCUCCAUGAACGCCCGCUUCGACCCACACUUCCACAUGAAAGUCGGCGCCACGCUGCGGCCGCUUCGUCACGACGGCUACCUCCUAAUCGGCAGCGGUGGCGCCGUGCAUAACCUUUACCGUAACCGCUGGGCUCCAAUGCUGCGGUACUUGGACAAUUUCGCCAUGGAGACGCCGCCGGAGGGCUGGGCGUUGGAGUUUCGCCAGUCUGUGGAGGAUGCGUUGACGCAGAAUAGUGGGCCACGGCUGCGGCGAGCCAUGACGCGGUUGAUGAAGCACCCACAGUUCCGGGACGCACACGCAACGGACGAUCACUUCAUGGCGGGCCUGUUUGUCGCAGGUGCGGCAGGUGACCCGGAAGAUGAGGGGACAUUUGCGACGUUGGAGGCAGAGACAUGGGAGCUGACAAACAUGUGUAAUUCGCAAUUCACCAUAGGUACUUGGGCAUGA